UGUCAGACCAAUGCUCAGUCAGGGCUGAGAGUGGGUGGAGUGGAAGUGGGCAACCUCUGCUCCCAGGGCUUUGUCUGGGAACGGGGUGGCAGCAGGGUGAAAAGUAGAAUACUUUCUGCCCCUUCCUACCUAUAGAGGCUGCUGCUGGAGUGCAUUAGUGGUUCCAUGCUGUAAGUGAAAGCAAAAGUACGCUCCGUUAAUGUAACUGCAAUAACAGCUGCCGUAAACAAAGCCUUGAGAAGGGAGAAGCUAGAAGCAGCCCUAUCUACAAAUCCCAGUGCAAACAAAUAGGAGGGAUCCCAGCUGCACAAGCAGGAAGAUUUUACAGCAUUGCCUGCCGCCUUCCUUUGCGUAAUAAUCUGCCCGCCCCAGCGCUGCACCUUUCACCCCACUCCCAGAGACCUCACAGCUCCAGCCUCCAGCUUGCUGCUGAGUUCUCUCCUGCUGGCUUGGUGUUCCCUAGCAGCUGUAAAGCAUCACAGGAGCUGCAGCUAUGGAGAGCCUGAGCAACGCCAAUGGCAGAUUUGCACUUGAUCUCUUCAGAAGGCUGAAUGAAACCACCCCAGCGGGAAACGUCUUCUUCUCUCCCCUCAGUAUUUCUACUGCUCUGGCCAUGGUUCUUCUCGGGUCCAGAGGCAACACAGCGGCACAGUUCCUGAAGACAUUGCAUUUUGAUGAAGUUGAAGAUCUACACUCAAGAUUCCAGUCUCUGACCACAGACAUAAACAGAAGGGAUUCUUCCUGCCUCCUACGGAUUGCUAAUAGGCUUUUUGGAGAGAAAUCCUACAGCUUUCUGCAGGACUUCCUGACUAAUACUCAGAAGUUAUAUGGAGCUGAUUUGGCUGCAGUUGAUUUUCUUCAGGCUUAUGAUGAAACCCGGAAGGAAAUUAACCAGUGGGUAGAGGAGAAAACUGAAGGUAAAAUCCCUGAUCUGCUCUCUGAAGGCUCAGUUAAUAGCAUGACCAAGCUGGUACUGGUCAACGCUAUUUAUUUCAAAGGGAACUGGGCAGAGAAAUUUGAAGAAGCCAACACUGCUGACAUGCCAUUUCGGUUGAAUAAGAAUGAAAGAAAGACAGUGAAAAUGAUGUAUCAGAAGAAGAAAUUUCGUUUUGGGUACAUCUCCGACAUGAAAACCCGCGUUUUGGAGCUGCCCUAUGAUGGAAGGGAAUUCAGCAUGAUCAUCCUGUUGCCUGAUGAUAUUGAAGACGACUCCACUGGACUGCAGAAGCUGGAGAAGCAGCUCACCUUAGAGAAGCUCCAGGAGUGGACGUGUCCAGAGCAUCUAUAUUCCACUGAUGUCCAUGUGCAUUUGCCUAAAUUUAAGCUAGAAGAAAGCUAUGACCUUAGAUCAGAUUUAUCAGCUAUGGGCUUGUUGGACAUAUUUGACAGUGCCAAGGCUGACUUGUCGGGAAUGUCAGGGGGACACGACCUUUUCCUCUCUAAAAUUGUCCACAAGGCUUUUGUAGAAGUGAACGAGGAAGGCACAGAAGCUGCAGCUGCUACUGCUGGCAUUGCGAUGCUUUGCAUGGUUAUGGAAGAGGAUUUCAAUGCUGACCAUCCUUUCCUUUUCUUUAUUCGCCACAACCCAACACAGAGCAUGCUUUUCUUAGGGAGGUAUGCUUCUCCAUGAAAAAUAGACCAUCAUUUGCAGAGCAGGUUCUGCUGCAAUCAGCAAAUGCUUUGCUUAUAAGUUCAAUGUAGAUAUAGAAGCUAUGGUUCCUGUUUUGAGUUCUCAGUAACUGUCACUAUGAUUCUGCAUUUCACAUUAAAAUAAUGAGAAAAAAAUGGAUUAAUAACUCUUUUCCCCUCUAGAGAUUCAGAGUUACUAGGAAAUAACGACAACAGAAACGUAAUAGCAGGCAGAAGGAAUCUUUUGAAACCAGAUUAGGAAUAUACAUAUUGAUGGAAGUAAAUUGAACUUCCACCCUCUCUCUCUGUAAGGAUUUAUCUGUACUUACACUUAAGGCUGACAACCCCCAUUACAGUACAGUCUAGUCAUUUCAUAUAUGUGUGAACUAGGAUGUAGUUGGAAAGCUAUUUCUUCCAUAAAGUCUCACUCUUCAGAUAUUCAUUAAUAUCAAAAUAAAUAAGCGUAUAGUAAUACUUCUAGGUACCAAGAGACUUCCAAAACAGCUGAGUUUACCCAAUUCUGUCACUGAAUAGAAGGUCAGAUAACAUUUGUUUGGAGACAGCUAUUAAUAAACAACGGAUUAAACUAUUUAAACAAAAGUAACCCCUUCCGGACCUUAGCCAGGAAAGUAACAACUUUUAAAUGAGGAAGAAGGCAAACUAAUGCCUUUAGGUGAUAUGGCUAAAGAGAGUUUUUCAAAGGUGGAACUGGGUGCCAUUUUAGUUAUGGGGAAGUAUGAACACUUCUGCCAGUUCAGGUGUUUGCAAUAGGGAAUAGCUUCUGGCUAGAUGCUAAGCGAGCCUCAAAAAUAAACUUCUCAGCUUCCCUGAAGAUGGCUGCCUGCAAUCUGCAACUAAUACCGAUGUUUAUAUAAAAAAUUCAACAUUGGUUGAGCUCUGACGUCCACUACCUGUUCAUACACAACUCCAUACAUUAUACAACCGCCUUAAGCCUGAGAGCCACUAUAUACUGUUAAUAUUCUGUUAUUUCUGAAUGUUACUUUUCUGUGUUGCAUAUAUUCUGGAUACUGUUCCUUGUGUUUAUCUGUACAGUCUCAGUUCUAAGUAGGGCACAAUCAUUUAUGCAAUUGUAAACUGCAUAGCAGUUCUUUUCAAUAAGCACCAAAUAAAAAGUUUAACUUGUAUUCCAAACAGAAAA